AUGGCAGAUUUCUUGGAAGAGGUGAUCGGUGAUCCCCCUGAGGAAACGGGCACACGGUGGAAGCUCCACGUAGACGGGGCCUCUAACCAGACGUCCGGGGGAGCCGUGGUCAUCUUAGAAAGCCCGGCGGGAGUCAUAUACGAGCAAUCGACCAAGUUCGAGUUCCCUGUGUCGAACAAUCAAACGGAAUAUGAAGCCCUCUUAGGAGGACUAACGUUAGCUCGGGAGGUCGGGGCAACAAGACUGGAGGUAUGCAGCGACUCACAAGUCGUCACCUCACAAGUAAAUGGAAGCUAUCAAGCAAGGCACCCCCUUCUACAAAAAUAUUUGGAAAAGGUGAGAGAAUUGACAAGAGAGUUUCAAGAGGUCACGGUCCAACACGUUCCAAGAGAAAGGAACAUACGGGCAGACCUCCUGUCCAAACUAGCAAGCACAAAGCCAGGAGCGGGUAACCGAUCUCUCAUCCAGGGCAUGGUGAAGGAACCGACCGUCGCCCUCCAUUUGGCGGAGUCAAGCCCCUCCUGGUUGGACCCGAUCACGAACUUCCUGGAACUUGGCAAGUUACCUGACGAUGAGAAGGCGUCCAGAACGUUGAGAAGGGAGGCAGCCAGAUACGCAAUUAUACAAGGGCAACUAUUCAGAAAGGGGCUCAGCCAACCCCUGCUGAAGUGCUUACACCCCGACCAGACGGACUAUGAAAUUUGUCAGAAAGUGCGUAAAGUGUCAACAAAACGCCAACUUCCACAAGGCGCCGGCUUCCGAGCUAAGCCUGCUAAUGUCUACACGACCUUUCGCUCAAGGGGAGUUGACCUUUUAGGACCUUUCCCGGUUGGCCCAGGGCAAGUCAAGUAUCUCAUAGUGGCCAUCGACUACUACACCAAAUGGAUAGAGGCUGAGCCACUGGCCAGCAUAUCUUCCUCCAAUUGCAGGAAAUUCAUGUGGAGACAGGUGAUAACCUGUUUCGGUAUCCCGGAGGUGGUCAUCUCGGAUAAUGGGACGCAAUUCACUGACAAGAAAUUCACGGAGUUCCUCACCGGCCUAGGGAUAAAAUAG